AUGGCACCCAAAUUCAAAGAUGGGGAUGCCGUUGUAGCGGUUAAUGGGAAAUGGGUGUCUUGGGCGCACACAGUCGCUGCCUAUGCGGCCUUCCUGAGCGCCUUGGUAGUAGGAAUGUCUCUGCAUUUCAGGAAAAUCGUGCAAAACGAACAUUAUGGCUAUCCUGACGAAUGGUUUCCGUCGGUGUCAGCAACGAUCGGUGAUCGCUAUCCCGAACGAUCCUUCUUUCAAGUUUUCAUCGCUAUCACCUCGGGACCUCGGUUUGCUCUAGUGUUCCUUUGGUACAUUCUGACCUCGCGCCCCAACUCAGCUCUUCCUAAGUUUAUCGCGGGCGUUGGAUUGUUCCGGACGUUUACAUGCGGUGGUUGGACAUAUGUUACAUCGACAGACGACCAUGAUUGGCAUGAUAUUUUCAUGAUCUCUUACCUCGUUGCGACGUUGCCCUGGACUCUUGGCUGCCUUGCGCUCAGUCCGAACAACCGUCGCGCUGUGAAGUACAGGAAGAUCUUGGCGAGCUGUUUCUUCGGAACUCUUGUUCCAUUAAUUUACUAUUUCAUUCAGCACAAGGUGCACAAGGUCGCGGGAGCUUACACCAAAUAUGCCUUUUUUGAAUGGUCUCUUAUACUGUUUGAUGUGGGUUUCGACGCUGUCACUGCACUCGACUUCGAGGCAUUUGAGAUCGUGGUCAGGGAUGUCAAAGGGAUUAGCAGAGGGCAGUUGAAGACCACUGCAGACUCCGUCCUCGAAAAAGAGAAAGGAAAGCCUGUUGGAGCUACGUUCGGCGAAGGUUUCUUCUGGACAGAGAUCAUUGAUGCCGCUGCAGAUGCCUACAAUAUGUUUGUCUUCUGGUCCUUGUGGACUGCCCUUGGUGUACUCGUCUGGUACUUCCCUCUUUGGCAUAUGGGUAUCUCUGGCUACGAGUUAGCCAUCCUAAGCUAUGUGUCUCCGGUCCUCCUGGUUAUUCCUUCCUUGAAGUCUGCUGCCACGAGAAAUCCUCGUCUUUUCCAUUUUCUGUCACUUUCCGGGCUACUGGCGUAUAAGGUGCAAGACCCUGCCAAUAGACUUUUUAUGACCACUUUCGCAGUUGCUUGCAGCUGUAUCGCAUGGUCUGCGACACUAUAUGCCGAGAGGGCAAACAGCUCUAGGCUGGAAUCCCGUAUCUUUGCAUGGGGUAUUGGUUUGAUUAUGUCGAGCAUAGCUAAAUUCGCAUGCAAAACAAACAAUCCCAUCUGGCCGAUUAUGCAUGCAGAGAAUGGAGGAUGGAAUAAAUUGGGACUUUUCCUUGGUAUCCUGGCCGUCCUCAGGUCACACAGAAGGCCUCCAACUAAUGGAGGAGACUACUUCCCCUCGAGCGGCAGGAAAGGCUCUUCGUUAUUUGCCGCCUUUGGUAUCGGCGGUCUGCUUUUCGCAAUGCAUUCCCUCCUCUCCGACUCCAGCACCAUGAUCGCUUGGGUCUGGGAGGGAUAUCCCGUGCGCGGCCCUAUUGCAGUACCUCAUGGUGCACUCACUAUCCUUGCAAUGGGUGCUGGACUUGUUUACGGUCUGUAUUAUCCCCGCGUUGCUGGAAGCUGGACUGCAUAUGGGAUUGCGUCUGUUGGUGCGGCACUGCUUACUUGCUCCAGUCACUGGACUGGAUUCUAUGGUGGCCUUGUCCUUGCUUUCUACCUUCUUGCGAUCACUCCAGUCUUGGUUUCGUCAGCUGUUCGCCAUUCACUAGCUAAAACCUUUGGUAUCGGUUUCCUCCUGUACACAUUCCUGAUUCUUUUCCAUGUGUGGGUUGUUGCAUACGCCUUUGUGCCCGGUGGGCCUCUCGUCAGAGAACACACCGAUUGGAUUAUGAUCACCACUAUGUUAUCUAUUGGAGCUGGUGUCUUUUCUGCUGCUGUCACCAACUCAUCCGGUACUAAGAGCAAGAUUGUCAGCCCGAAUGGCAAACGACAGCGGUCAUAUUUUAUCUAUAUUCUCGCGACACUGCAGCUUUUUUCUAUGGCUAUUGCAUAUCUUCGCUUCCCUACAAACGACUAUGUGCCAUAUCACAAAGAGGAUAAGGUUGCGACUGUCGGCAUUUGGACAGUUCACUUUGGUCUCGACAAUGACAUGUGGUCAUCGGAACGGCGUAUGCGCAAUGUUAUCCAGGAACUUGAGAUUGAUGUUAUCGGCCUUCUUGAAUCUGAUAACCAGCGCAUCAUUAUGGGCAAUCGCGAUAUGACCCAGGUCCUGGCGGAAGAUCUUGGCAUGUACGCAGACUUCGGUCCUGGUCCAAACAAGCACACUUGGGGCUCAGCUUUACUUUCCAAAUUCCCAAUUGUCAAUUCUACUCACCACCUCCUUCCUUCUCCUGUCGGUGAGCUUGCUCCGGCCAUUCAUGCCACCCUUGAUAUGUAUGGCGAGCUGGUUGAUGUUGUCGUGUUCCAUUCGGGACAAGAAGAAGACCCGGAAGACCGCCGCCUCCAGACCGAAUAUUUGUCAAAGCUAAUGGGUUCAUCCCCUCGCCCCCUUAUUUUGCUGAGCUACUUGGUCACAAAGCCAUUGGAAGGUAAUUACAAUACCUACGUCAGUGAACUUAGCGGCAUGAAAGACAUCGACCCUACCGAUUGGGACCGAUGGUGUGAGUACAUCCUCUACAAGAACUUGAAGAGGACUGGCUACGCUCGUGUUAGUCGGGAUUCUAUCACAGACACAGAGAUUCAGGUUGGCAAAUUCGUUAUUGGAGAACCCGAGCCUGAGAACGAGAUGCGACUGCCAGAGGAAAUGGUGCCAGAAGGGCGUCGAUUCCCGGGUUUGUUCCGCGGACAGGGAGUCCGCGGUCAUCGUUAUCAUGUCUUUGAUGAGCCCAGGUAUUGGCAAUGA